CCAGGCCAGAAUGGGGGACUCCAGGGACCUGUGCCCUCACCUUGACUCGAUAGGCGAGGUGACCAAAGAGGACUUGCUGCUCAAAUCUAAGGGAACCUGUCAGUCCUGUGGUGUUACUGGACCGAACCUAUGGGCUUGUCUCCAGGUUGCCUGCCCCUAUGUUGGCUGUGGAGAAUCUUUUGCUGACCACAGCACCAUCCAUGCACAGGUUAAAAAGCACAACCUGACGGUGAACCUGACCACGUUUCGGGUAUGGUGUUAUGCCUGUGAGAAAGAGGUGUUCUUGGAGCGGCGGCUGGUGGCCCCCCAAGCAGGCCCAUCACCCAAGUUCUCGGAGCAGGACUCUCCACCACCCUCUCACCCUCUUAAAGCUGUCCCUAUUGCUGUGGCUGACGAAGGAGAGUCUGAGUCAGAAGACGAUGAUCUGAAACCUCGAGGUCUCACAGGCAUGAAGAACCUCGGGAACUCCUGCUACAUGAAUGCUGCCCUGCAGGCCCUAUCCAACUGCCCUCCACUGACCCAGUUUUUCUUGGAGUGUGGAGGCCUGGUCCGCACAGACAAGAAGCCAGCCCUGUGCAAAAGUUACCAGAAGCUGGUCUCUGAGGUCUGGCACAAGAAACGCCCAAGCUACGUGGUUCCUACCAGCCUGUCUCAUGGGAUCAAGUUGGUCAACCCGAUGUUCCGAGGUUAUGCCCAGCAGGACACCCAGGAGUUCCUGCGCUGCCUGAUGGACCAGCUGCAUGAGGAGUUAAAGGAGCCAGAGGUGGCAGCAGCAGCAGUGACAGAGGCUCGGGACUCUGACUCAAGUGACACAGAAGAGAAGAGAGAGGGUGACCGGAGCCCGUCAGAGGACGAGUUUCUGUCCUGCGACUCAAGCAGUGACCGGGGUGAGGGUGACGGGCAGGGUCGUGGGGGGGGUGGCUCACAGGCCGAAACAGAGCUGCUGAUUCCGGACGAGGCGGGCCGUGCCAUCUCCGAAAAGGAGCGGAUGAAGGACCGCAAGUUCUCCUGGGGCCAGCAGCGUACAAACUCUGAGCAAGUGGACGAGGAUGCUGAUGUGGACACUGCCAUGGCCACCCUGGAAGACCAGCCCACGGAGACUCUGCCAUCGCUGCCGCGUUCCACCAGCCCCUGCCGGACACCAGAGCCAGACAAUGAUGCCCAUAUACGCAGCUCCUCUUGCCCCUGCAGCCCCGUCCACAAGCUGUCUAGCACCCCUCCUCGUGCAAGUCCUGUGAGGAUGGGGCCGUCAUAUGUGCUCAAGAAAGCCCAGGUUCUGACUACUGGCAGCCGGAGGCGGAAGGAGCAGCGCUACCGCAGUGUCAUUUCGGACAUCUUCGAUGGCUCCAUCCUCAGCCUCGUGCAGUGUCUCACCUGUGACCGGGUGUCCACCACAGUGGAGACAUUUCAGGACCUUUCACUGCCCAUUCCUGGCAAGGAGGACCUGGCCAAGCUCCACUCGGCCAUCUACCAGAAUGUGCCAGCCAAGCCAGGCACCUGUGGGGACAGCUAUGCUGCCCAGGGUUGGCUUGCCUUCAUCGUGGAGUAUAUCCGACGGAUUGUGGUAUCCUGUACCCCCAGCUGGUUUUGGGGGCCUGUCGUGACCCUGGAGGAUUGCCUUGCAGCCUUUUUCGCUGCAGAUGAGCUGAAGGGUGACAACAUGUACAGCUGUGAGCGGUGUAAAAAGUUGCGGAAUGGAGUGAAGUACUGUAAGGUGCUCCGACUACCCGAGAUCCUGUGCAUUCACCUGAAGCGCUUUCGGCAUGAGGUGAUGUACUCGUUCAAAAUCAACAGCCAUGUCUCCUUCCCCCUGGAGGGACUCGACCUGCGCCCCUUCCUAGCCAAGGAGUGCAUGUCCCAGAUCACCACUUAUGACCUCCUCUCAGUCAUCUGCCAUCACGGCACAGCAGGCAGUGGGCACUAUAUUGCCUACUGUCAAAACGUUAUCAAUGGGCAGUGGUAUGAGUUCGAUGACCAGUAUGUCACUGAGGUCCAUGAAACGGUGGUGCAGAACACCGAAGCCUACGUCCUUUUCUACAGGAAGAGCAGUGAGGAGGCUGUGCGGGAGCGGCAGCAGGUGGUGUCCCUGGCCGCCAUGCGGGAGCCCAGCCUGCUGCGAUUCUAUGUGUCCCGUGAAUGGCUCAACAAGUUCAACACUUUCGCUGAGCCGGGGCCCAUCACCAACCAUACCUUCCUCUGUUCACAUGGAGGCAUCCCACCCAACAAAUACCACUACAUCGACGACCUGGUGGUGAUCCUGCCCCAGAAUGUCUGGGAGCACCUCUACAACAGGUUUGGGGGUGGCCCUGCCGUGAACCAUCUGUACGUGUGCUCCACCUGCCAGGUGGAGAUUGAGGCUCUGGCCAAGCGCAGGAGGAUUGAGAUCGACACCUUCAUCAAGCUGAACAAGGCCUUCCAGGCUGAGGAGUCGCCCAGCGUCAUAUACUGUAUCAGCAUGCAGUGGUUCCGUGAGUGGGAGGCCUUUGUCAAGGGGAAGGACAACGAGCCUCCCGGGCCCAUUGACAACAGCAGGAUCGUGCAGGUCAAGGGAAGUGGACACAUCCAGCUGAAGCAGGGAGCUGACUAUGGACAGAUUUCCGAGGAGACCUGGAGCUACCUAAACACCCUGUAUGGAGGCGGCCCCGAGAUUGCCGUCAGACAGAGUGUGGCCCAGCUUCCGGACCCUGAGAGCUUACACGGGGAACAAAAAAUUGAAGCUGAGACCCGGGCCGUGUGACUUGGUGGGCCAAUCU